UGGGUGCAGUUUACUGUUGCAGUUCAUUUUUGAACCACAAGGUGGCGACGUUGUCAAAGAAAUCCCACCUAGCAACAAACAGGAAGUGGUGUUUGCAUGUUUAUUUUUUCCUCCAUCUUUAUUUUAUUUUAUUUAUUUCAUGUUAUGAAUUAAUGAACUCUGCACAGGUGUUACGUAGCAAAUGCGUCGAGAACGGAUUUAAUCUCGCAAUAAAAAUAAUAAAAUUCACGAGCAGAGCAAAGUAAGACGGGUGUUGCCUUAAAGGGGUGUCGGAAAUGUGUCGAUUAAUGAUCGGUAAAUCUGAAUGUGAAACGCCAAAAACACACGAGAAUGGAAGACAUUUGGAGGAAGGUGUUAAAUCGGUGCUAGCAGCUGAACCAAAACAUUGAUAAUUAAUAAUAAUGUAAUGUAUGGAGCGGAAAAUGGGUUUAUUUGUAUACAAAAAUAUAAAUAAAAACAAAAGUGCUAAACCAACUGUUCUCGUUAUAUUUUCAAGCUUUGACAUAUGAGUUGUCACAGAACCCACGAUAAAUGCUCUUACGGUGUUUGUAUUUUUUAUUAUACUGUGUUAGUUUCCUACUUAAUACAUUGACAGGUGGGUGUAUUCGCUCGAUGCUUGUUUUUUGGAUUUUACGAUGGAUCCUGAACGCAUCGUGUACCGUCCAACAUGGCGGCCCAGCGAAGGAAUUUGAUGCAGAGCCAUCAGAGCUGGACAGAUGACCUGCCGCUGUGUCAGAUGUGUGGGGUCGGCACUGCGCCCAACUGUGUGUACGGCCCCGAUGGUAAAGGAACUCAGAGCCACACCAACGAGGAUGGACACCUCGGGUUCAGAGGGGAGGACGGCUGUUUCCUGUAUGGGGUUUUUAACGGUUAUGACGGCAGCAGAGUGGCUAACUUUGCCUCCCAGUGUCUGACAGCUGAACUGCUGCUAGGACAGCUCAACUCCAGUCACACAGACAACGACGUCCGCCGGAUCCUCACACAGGCCUUCGACGUGGUGGAGAAGAGCUACUUUGAGACGAUAGAUGAUGCUCUGGCUGAGAAAGCUCACCUGUCCAACUACCUCCUACCACACAAUGAGAAUGUGUCAUUCCACCAUUCAUCUCAGAAUCAGAAGGUUCAGGAGCGUCUCAAGGAGCUGGAACAGGAGGUGUCGGGAGGAGCUACGGCUGUGGUGGCACUGAUCCUCAACAACAAGCUCUAUAUCGCCAAUGUCGGUUCCAACCGGGCCCUGCUGUGCAAGUCCAGCAGCGACGGCCAGAACCAGGUUCUCCAGAUCGGACGGCCCCACAACACCGACAAUGACGAAGAGCUGCAGAGACUGGCUGCACUGGGUGUGGAUUCAGCUCGUGUCAGGCAGGCAGGGCAGAUUGCUGGACAGAGCAGCACCAGGAGGCUCGGAGACUACCGGGUGAAGUUCAACUACAAUGAAAUCGACUUGCUCAGCGCGGCAAAGACGAGGCCAGUCAUCGCAGAACCAGAGAUUCACGGCAGCCAGUCUUUGGACAGCGUGACGGGCUUCUUGUUGCUGAUGUCAGAAGGUCUCAUCAACGCCCUUGAAUCCGCCCACGGCCCCGAACAGGCCAAUCAGGAAAUCGUUGCCAUGGUAGCGGCAGAGCUGGCCCAGGCGGCCAGUCUGGAGGCGGCGGCUCAGUCGGUGGUGGACCGCGUCAAACGGGUGCACCACGACGUCUACGUGUCGGGCCGACAGCGGGCCACCUACUGCUCUCGGCACGAAGACAUGACCCUGCUCAUCCGCACGCUCAACUACGUGCUGGCAGACGGAGCGCUCACGCCAACACAAGGUGGACGCAUCUACCCCGUGUCAGUGCCCUACUCCAACAGCCAGAGCACCAGUAAAACCAGCGUCACCCUCUCACUGGUCAUGCCCUCGCAAGGCACCCUCACCAAUGGGACCAACACUGCCUCCACCUUGGAAGAAGGCACCCCCACUCCUGGCCAGAGCCCCACGGCCACCCUCCAGUCCACCAACACCCAGACACAGAGCUCCAGCUCCAGCUCGGGAGAUGGCAGCCUGUUCCGCCAGAGGGGCAGCCAGGCGGCUCAGCCAGACGAGACGGGCCGGGUCCCGCCUUACGUGGACUUCAGUCAAUUUUACCGCCUUUGGGGAAGCGACCACAGCGACGGCCAGAGCACCCAGGGAGGACUGGGACCCCAGUGAGGCCAACGAGGAGGGGUGCUCGGUGCCAGGUGGAAAGGGACAGACUGGGGAUUUUUGGCAGGGGGAAGCACACGGAUUGAAAGGGACGAUGAUUUCACGAGGUGGUUGGGAUGACUGAUAAAAUGCUAUUAAUGUAUCAUAACUAAAAAACAAAAAAUAAUAAGUGACCUAAAGGUGCAUGGAGACGCAUGGUGACUGAGGUGAAAAGCCAGCAGGCAAAGAAUAACCCGGACACAGUGGGAAUACGGUGUCACUAUACACCACAAAGUCACGUUUGCUCUUCUGUAAUAGAUGCUGGUCAUGAGUGAUUGUGAAUAUAUGUAAUCCAGAUUGUAGCCGUUACUGUCAGGUGUAAAAACACGUGUCUGCAAACAGGAAUCUCAAAGACUUGAGGGGGUUUGUGGAGUUGAGAAUGAGUUUAUCCAGAAAGGCCUUAACAUGAAAUGAAUGGAUGUGUUUGGAAAUAACUUUUUUUUUUUUAUUUGUAAUGAAAUUAUAUCUCCAAAUGAAUCAAUACACUUUCUUCUUUUCUAUUCACAUUAACACUUCAAUUCAUCUCUCGCCUGAAAUAAUUCAUUCGGCCGAUUUUUCACCAGACAAGAACCCAAAGAGUGACUCAUGUCGGUUGGCAUGGUGACACCUGUGGUGGCAGGUGGCCACAUAAAAGACAUUUUAAUAAUACAAAGUCCAGAGUUUCAUUUCAACGACACGGGAGGUUUUGUGCCGGGGGGGCAGCAAAGCACCCAGACAGUCAUUCAGCUGAAAACGAGGAAUUCGUCUGUACAGCUACGCUCCCAAAAAAUACUUCUUCUAGUUGAAAGUGAAAGCACAUUUGGUUUUAAUCAGAGGAUGAUUAAAACAGCAGUGCUUCUCAUGGAAGGAAUUCGAGCCACAAAUGAAUUGUGUUUUUCUUUCAAAAACAAUAUGCAUGCAGACUUUCCUGUGCGUGCACGGUUAAUUUCUUCUGUAGCUGGAAACUGAAACGAGUGAGGAUGAAGCACAGUGCGGAAUGCAAAUGCACUGAAUAAUUAUUGCAUCAUGUAAGCACCAGCCAUGGUAUUUGAGUAGACAAUUUAAAGCAACAAUAUUCAAGAAUUGGACGUACAUAUGGGCGUGUUGUGAUCAAAAAUUAGGGGGUCAACAACUUGUUGACGAUCGCCCAGCGCAGAUUCUGGUGCCCACUGCCCGUUACCUCUUCCCACGAGGGUUUCCCCCAAAAAACAUCCUUUUCUUGGCGGUCCAAAGAGUCUUUAGUCUCAUGGGUUUAAACACCAGUGAUGUCCCGGUGCUCCAAAUUCCCACUCCAGCAGCGUCAGCUAGCUGCAUGUCUACAGUUGGCAGCAGUUAUAGGUUACAUUAGCAAUAAGCAAAGCUGUCCGUCCAUCAGGGAACUCGAUUAAUCACAGAGACGUGAAGCAGAGCAGGGAGAGGGAAGAACAUUAUCUCCAUGAAAUAAGUCCGGUUUCACUGACGUAGCUGCUACUGUGUGACUAAUGUUGCGUCCCGGACAAUUCGGAAAACUUCCAACCUCCUACUACAAAAAAGUACAAUGACAAUCCAUCUACCAAGACUUCAUGAGGGAGUGAGUUGUGUUCAUAGACGACAGUAUUUGUAUCAGGCAGGUAAACGCAAUCUUUAGACACAUUUUAAGUUUAAAAAUGCCGUAAAAUAAAAUGUAUAAUGGCGUCUGUGACCUCA